GCAGCUAACGUGAAGUAGCUAGCGCGGCCUUGGGCAUUUGCCGGAUUGUGGCUCCACCGCGCGCAACAAAAACCAUGGACAGUAGCGGGAUGGAGUGGAGCACUAACUUCAACUGAACGAGACCAGAUAUUGCAGACAAGCUUCUUGAACCAGCCAACAAGCCGGGCCGGGCUCGGAAAGGGAAAGGGACUCUGGCGGUCUCAGUCACCCACCGACCCCGACCAUCGCAGCCAACCAAAGACACCGAAGACCACCCUGCCGGAACUCGGACCUUGCCCUUGACUGCCGAGUUCAGGUCGCACCGACUCGGCGCCAUCUCAUCAUUCAUCACCCAUGGCCGUACCAUGCCGCCUCCGGCACCUGCACCUCCCCAGCAUCCACCCACACUACAUCCCUUACAGCCUCGCCAGCCGCGUGCAAGAGCACCUCCGCCGACAGCACCUCGACUUCAAAGACGGCUCCACCACGUCCCGACCACCACCAACCCUCCUCUCUUUCACCCCCUCGCCCAUCUACACCCUCGGCCGGCGACAGACCGCACCCCUGACCCCCGCCGAAGUAGCACGCCUAACAUCCCCGCUGCGAAUAUCCACCCCACCAUCCCAACAACAACAAUCAGGGGCAACAAAGCAGCAGCAGCAAGAUAUCCUCCUCCUUCCGCCCCACCUAGUCCACUCCCCGCGCGGCGGGCUCACAACCUACCACGGACCCGGCCAAGUCGUCCUCUGGCCCGUCCUCGACCUCAAAUCCCCACACCACAGGAACUUCUCUGUCAAAUGCUACGCCCGCCUGCUCGAGACCACCACCAUCGCCACCCUCGCCACAUUCUUCCACCUCGAGGCGUUCACGACGGACGACCCUGGUGUUUGGGUCCGCCAUCACCUUUCUCCCGCCUCGUUGUCGUCUCGACCACGGCAGAACGAGGAUGAUGCCAAUGGUGAGGAGGAAGUAUUCAAGAUCGCCGCGCUAGGCGUGCACCUGCGGAGACACAUCACCGCGCUCGGCACUGCGAUUAACAUCGCCAUGCCCGGUCCCGGGGUGGCCGACGAGGGGCUGAAUCCGUGGGCGAGGAUUGUUGCCUGCGGGCUGGAGGGCCGGGGCGUGACGUGCGUUGCGGCCGAGCUGGGGAACGGUGUCGGGGAGGUGGAUGAGCUGCUGCUCUUGCGGCGGGAGAAGGAAGCCAGGAAACCGGAUGGCGAUGCUGUUGUUGGUUUAUGGAGGGAAAGGGCGGUAGCAGGGGCUUGGGCGGAGGAGUUGGCGAGGCGGUUUGGGAUAGAAGAUGGGGUGGAAAAGGUGGAUGAGGAGGAGGCAGUGAGGCUGAUGGAGAGCCUGGUGGAAGAACGGGGCGCUGAAAGUGGUGAUGCCAUUGAGAGGGAGUAUUUGGCACAGAUGAGGAAUGUGUUUCGCGGGGGCUGACACGGAGGGAGAAAUUGAUUGUCUAAAUCGCGGGCCUACAUAUAGGAUACAAUAUGAUGCUACGGAUGAUCCAUGAGUGGGUGUUCGUCAGUAGUAAAGGGAGACAUAAGGUCAAGCAGAUUACUCAACACCAGACGUGCGGUUCUAGGUCUACCGUUGUGUGGCGGCUGUGGCCCAAGCUUCAAUCCCGAGUCCAGCCGCCAGGAUGGGUACGGCACCCAGCCGUGCUCGGUUUCCCUGUGCGGCACAGCAAGCAGCCCUAACGGUUCGUG